CUCCAGCUCUGCAGGAGAGGCAGGCAGGGAGGGACAGACGGAGCUGCUCCUUGCUGCUCUCUCCUCCCUUUGAGCUUCCUAGUGCUCUGCCUGUGUGGGGGCCUGAGGAAUGGGGACUAGGGGAUGGACGCUCUCCACCUUCCUGGGAUGCUGCGUAUGGAUUCUGCAUGGGCUUGGGGCUGCUGCUGCCCCUGUCACUACUGAGGGGCCCUUUACUGUGGGGACAGCUUUUCCCAUCACAGCAGAGAAUGAAGGGCCCAGUGCCCUGGUGACGGGCACUGCAGACACAAGCACCACGGCGGCUGAUGCUGAGAUAGACGAGAGCAUCUUCACGAGGAGCCCACUGAGUUCGACCUUCCCUCCCGGGACUGAGCUGGACUCUUUUGUGACUGUGACGAGUGAAUAUGGCUCUACAGUGCCAACCUUGAUGAAUGUGACCAAGCCUCUUAACACAUCUCAGGGUAUUGAGGGGGGGUUGGCUGCUUCCACUACAGCCAUAACCGCUGCCGCUAUCACUGCACAACACCCUGCUGUCACCCCAGAAGCAGAGCAUGAGGUAAUAGAGGCCACUCCUGAUCCCACCCUAGACAUCAACCCAGAUGUGAAGGAAGACAUCCCUGCAGCUGUGACCAGAGGAGAAGAAGACAUAGACCUCACCACUGGCAAUAUGUCCUACCCUACCACCCCUCCCCCAGCAGAAACCUGGGUGCCACAGCCAACUGCUGGCAGCCCCGCGAGUGUCAGUGUCACUGUGCUACCAAGCCAAGGGCUGACCACAGCCAUGGGAGCAGUUGAGGAAGUCGUAACUCUGUCUGCAUCUGUCCAAAGUGGAGCCAAUGCCAACUCCUUAAGUCCCAGCCCCAGCACUGAGGAGCUGCUUACGACCCAGCAGGGUGGAGUGGUGAGCAGGGUUGAGGGCACUAACCCAGAGACAGCAGAAGAAAUGGCCCCAGCUGCUGAGGAAAGUCCCUUGGCUUCAGAGUCUGGAGAUGCAGGAGAUACAACGAAUGGUGAAUUCAGCACAGCCGGCUCAUCCCACCUACCUCCGGAGAGCCCAGUGAUGUCAGAAACAGUGGGAAACCCUGGGGAGCCCUCCUUCCUCCCUGGCCACGCAGUGCCAAGCCCAGAUGCUUCGCUGGCACCGUCCACAGGGAACGGAGAUGGGCAGGGAGUGUCUUCUGGUUCAGCUCUGUCACCUGCAGCCAGCGAGGCACCAGUGGCACCCGAGGAAACAGAGGACACUGCCACAACACUGCUGGCCCCAGAGGUUCCCACUUAUGCACAGAGUGAUAUGAAUCUCCCAACCGUGGCCACUGUGCUGCCCACAGGAGACGUGGGGGCUGUGGGUCUGGACAAUCCAUCCCUGCAGCCUGACCCAUGGCAGACCUUCACCGGAGAACAGCCACCACUGCUUCCUGAUGCUCUGACAGACACCCCCAGUGCUCCUGGGGCUGCUUACCCACUCCCAGGGGCUGAAGCCAACACCCUGUCUGCAGCUGAUGGUGCAGCAGAGACACCUUCCAGCCCCGACCUCACUACUGCCCCAGAAGCACCCAUGUCUCCAUCUCUUGGAGAGUCACAGUCAGGAGGGAUGCCAGAUGGACCUCCCCAAGAAUCUGAUGGACCUGACGCUGGCUUGAGUUCAGAUUCAGAUGCCGCUAGCCCAGCCCCCUUUGUACCUGAUGGACUGGCAUGGCCCACUGCUGGGGUCCAGGGUCAGGGAGCUCAGGGGGCAGAGGACAUGGCACAGGCAGGAGGUCCAGGGGAUGGCAGUCCCUAUACAGACACCCAGAGUGACAUAAGCCUUUCAGACACCCAGCCCUCAGCCUCUUCUGCUAAUAAUGGAGAGCUGCUGGCUGGAGGAACAGGAGAUUUGGCAAGUGCUGGACAGUCGCCUCCAUCAGCUCUUGGGGAUGGAACAGGAGCAGGAGAUGCCUCAGCACUGGGAGAAGCGUCCUCACCUGGUUCUGUACCUCCCAGCAGUGCUGGAAUGGAGCCUGAUCUCUCAGGGGCUGAAGGACCAGUGGACCUGCCCAGUGAAUCUGCCAGUGGUCCUGGAGCUGUUUACCCACUCCCGGGUACUGUGUCUGGCCCUGCAUCUGAGACAGAGACAUCAGCGAGCCCCAACCUCAAUGGUGCCCAGGGAGCACCUGGGUCUCCAUCCUUUGGUGGGUUGCAGCCAUGGGGAACAGCAACUGGUGCUCCCCAGGGAGCUGGUCUCCCUGGAGCUGAAGGACCAGACUCUGGCUUGUCUUCAUCAGGAGAUGCCCCCAGCUCAGCAGUUCAUGGACUGGUAGGACCCCCAUCACCUGCCCUUGAGGACCAGCUUGGCACAAACCUGGGGCUGCCAGCAGCUGGAGGGCCUGGAGUGGGCACGGCAGAGCAGGCACUGGAAGGAGCAGGCAGUGGGAUUGAUUCUGAGCCGUCCCUGAGCUCCACUGCAGGCAGUGGGAUGGCAGCUGGGAUAGAUCAACUUCCCGGUGAAGGUUCCUCAUCCGAUUCUGCCUUUCCCAGUGAUGUGGUGGCAGCACCAUCUGUUUCAAGGGGUGAUGAAGCGGGACCCAUCUCAGGUGCACCCCUUGGCCCUGACAGCCUGUCCUCAGCCUCUCCGGCCAGUGAAACUGGCCCAGGGCUUGGUCUGGUGGAGGGGGCAGAGAGUGCAGGGGAUGUGGCACAGGCUGGAAACCCAGAAAGUCCCUACAUAGAGACAAAUCCUUCAGCCUUCAACCCUCAGCAGGACCCCGCUAACACCAGAGAGCUGCCAGCAGGAGAAACAGGGGCUCUGGUGAAUACUGAGCAGUCCCCUCCACUAGCUCUCGGGGACGGAACAGGAGCAGGAGAUGCCCCGGCACUGGGAGAAGCGUCCUCACCUGGUUCUGUACCUCCCAGCAGUGCUGGAAUGGAGCCCAAUCUCUCAGGGGCUGAAGGACCAGUGGACCUGCCCAGUGAAUCUGCCAGUGGUCCUGGAGCUAUUUACCCACUCCCGGGGACUGUGUCUGGCCCUGCAUCUGAGACAGAGACACCAGCAAGCCCCAACCUCAAUGGUGCCCAGGGAGCACCUGGGUCUCCAUCCUUUGGUGGAUCGCAGCCAUGGGGAACAGCAACUGGUGCUCCCCAGGGAGCUGGUCUCCCUGGAGCUGAAGGACCAGACUCUGGCUUGUCUUCGUCAGGAGAUGCCCCCAGCUCAGCAGUUCAUGGACUGGUAGGACCCCCAUCACCUGCCCUUGAGGACCAUCGUGGCACAAACCUGGGGCUGCCAGCUGCUGGAGGGCCUGGAGUGGGCACGGCAGAGCAGGCACUGGAAGGAGCAGGCAGUGGGAUUGAUUCUGAGCCGUCCCUGAGCUCCACUGCAGGCAGUGGGAUGGCAGCUGGGAUAGAUCAACUUCCCGGUGAAGGUUCCUCAUCCGGUUCUGCCUUUCCCAGUAAUGUGGUGGCAGCACCUUCUGUUUCAAGGGGUGAUGAAGCAGGACCCAUCUCAGGUGCAGCCCCUGGUCCUGACAGCCUGUCCUCGGCCUCUCCGGCCAGUGAAACUGGCCCAGGGCUUGGUCUGGUGGAGGGGGCAGAGAGUGCAGGGGAUGUGGCACAGGCUGGAAACCCAGAAAGUCCCUACAUAGAGACAAAUCCUUCAGCUUUCAGCCCUCAGGAAGAUCAACUGCCUGGUGCAGGUUCCUCAUCUGGUCCUGCCCUUCCCAGUGGUGAGGUCGCAGCAUCCUCUGUUUCAGAUCCAGCCAGCCAGAGUGCACUUGGAGGAGAGGGCAAUGCUCCUGAGGCUCUUCAGCCUUCCCUGGAUGCUGGGCCUGGGGUUCCUGCUGCUGCAGGAGAAGGGGCAAGUGAAAUGGCUGGUAAUGGAGAGUCCAUGGGGCAGUCCCAGGCUCCUACUGGAAAUGGACCAACUGGUUCAGGAACCCCUGAUGAAGAUAUGGGAGAUGUGUUGCAGUCUGUAUCUUCUUCCUCAUCUACAGAGGGAUCUUCAUUGCUUGGGAGGACUGAUGAGGCUGUUAGCAAAGCAAGUCUUCCUGGAGCUGAUGGAGCCGAUGGUGGCUUGAAUACAGGCUUGGGGGCCACUGGCCCCCAGGAAGCCCCUGUGUCUGUCCCUGGCAUCCAAAGUAGUGCCAAUAUUGAACUUUCUGAUGGAAAACAGAGCCAAGUCGAUGUGGUGCAGGUGCCUGGAGGAGCCUCGGUGAAUGGGGCAUCUUCCCCCGGUGCCAGUCUGGUUCCAGUGGCUCCAGACAACAGCGGUGUUUCUGACAGCACGGCCACCUCGACAGCUGCUUCUCUGCUUCUCCCUGAGCAUGGGCUGAGCUCGGGGCUGGCACCCAAUGGAGACACCCACUCUGCCCCUGGCACCCAGAGUGGGAGCAGACCCCUGGUGCCAGGGGCACCGUCUGGGCCGGCAGGAGAGUCUGGAGGCAUUUCUUGGUCUCUUGAAGAUGAGUUGGCCUCAGGGAUGCCAGCACCUUUGGGAGAAGCAUCCCCCCAUGCUCCCAUAUCCCCCAACACUUCCCCCGUGCUGCCUUCUGCUCCACAGAGAGGAAAUGCUGCAGAGGGGGUGUCUGUCAGCCCUGGGCUUUCCACUCCACUUGCGGCACGUGAGUCAAUAGUGGGGUCCUCUGCAGGGGGAAAGGGGGAGCUGGGGGCUUCUGUGCCAGGGAGUCGUGUCUUGCUCCUGCCUCCCUGCCAGCCAGGAAGCACUGGAGCCCCCUCCAGGGAUGCCAACAGCCCUGUGCCUGGGAAAGCAAGUGCUGUGCUCCCCAGAGUGAUGGCAGGGCAAGGGGACGUGGCCCGGCUCCUUCCCAGUGUGACUGGAUCUGGGGCAGAUAUGGAAACACCCACUCACUCCCUACCUCAGGGGAGCCCAGGGCUCCCUGGCCUUCCUCUCACUGGGAUCACUGCUGGUAGCACUGGAUCAAAAAUCCCAGGUCCAGGUCCUACUGGUGGCUCACCAUCCGCUGCCCUGCAUCCUAUCCUGGGCAGUGAGCUGACCACCAGCUCAGCAAAUGGAGCUCCUGCCACCGCUGGGUCGAGCCUCCCCAGAGCCUUCCCAGGCCAGGGGGGAUCCCAGGGAGGGUUCCCAGCCACUGCAUGCCCUGGCACAUCCUGCAGCCCGGCUCCUGCCGACCCAGCCCCGCAAACCCCCCUCCUCAGGGGCAGGGAGGUGCUUCCCAGGCCGGGAACUUCCACUGUCACCUCCCACACAUCGUCCCCCGUGGUUCCAGCUCCACCAGGAAGGCCAGCAGCUGCCCCAACCCUGCUGCCCAGCCCCGCAGUUCCAGCUGUGCCCCUCUAUGGAUAUGGAGCGAGGGAAAAUGAUCGGGAGUAUGUGGAAAGGAGAGUAGAUUUUAAUUCUCCACUUUUCAAGCCCGAGACUGGAUUCCCAUUUGGGAGAACCCUGCGUGACUCUCUCUACUUUACAGACAAUGGACAAAUCGUUUUCCCAGCCUCGGAAAAAGGCAUCUUCACAUAUCCCAACCCUCCUUCUGGCGGCUUCAAUGGCCAUGAGGAGGUUCCCAUGAUCGCUGUGUUUUGGGACAACGCCGACUUCUCCAGUGGGGUGGGCACCACCUUUUACCAGGAGUUCUCCACCCUCAACACGGCCAAGCCUCCGUUUGUCCGUGACGUGGAAGCGAAGGUUCGGCAGUACAUGAGGUCCUCCUACUCUGCAGCCUGGACCCUGAAAAUCACCUGGGAGAAGGCACCUGUUUAUGCAUCACGGAGUGACACCCGGAAGACGAUCACAUACCAGGCCAUCCUGACCACCGAUGGAUUCAGGUCCUACAUCCUGAUGCUGUACCAGGACAGAGGGAUGCAAUGGGAUUACACCAGACUCGCUGCCACCAAUGUGCUCAUUGGCUACACCAGUGGGGAUGGCUUUUACUACAACGAUGACCUGAGUAAGAGACCUCCAGCUGUUAAAUAUCGCCCUGACCAGUUCAGGGGCUACAACACAGACCUCCGUGGGUUGUGGAUUUACAAGCUGGAGAGUCGCGUGGGCAUCAACUACCGGCUGAAGUGCCUGGCAUGGACGGGGCAGCAGCAGGAGCCACGGGCAUGGAGCCAGGGCCUGCCCACCUGCCCCUGCUCCCUGCAGCAAGGGCAGCAGGACCCACGCUUCAAGAGCAGCCGUGGAGGCCGGUGGGCUGCCCGUGUCUCCAUGCUGCACUCAGCCUCCCCCAACCAGCACGGCGCCGGCGUCCGCUGCCUGUACGACAGCCAGAACCAGCUCAUCGAGGGGCGGCAGGAGAGGUACUGGAGGUCCUCCAGGCAGGCGUCGCCCUACCGUGACCAGGAGCUGAAGCUGUACGACUGGUGCUGCAACCGAGCGGGCAGUGCCCACCUCUGCGCCCGCUACAGUGAGAAGCGGCCGAAGAUCGGCUGUGAUGGAUACCAGUCACCUGGCACGGAUUCCUCGGAGGAGAUAGAGAGAGACUCAGAUGAGGAAACAGAUGGAGACGACGAGUAACUGGGGGGUUGCACACCCACAGCAUGGUCUGGGCCACGGCUGAUCCUUUGGAUCCUUUGCUCUGCUCAUCCCCUGUGUCCUCCCCUAGAACCCAUUGCCCCUGCCCACCAUGCAGGGCAUCUCACUCGUCUAGUGCCCGUGGUUGCCUGCACUGGCAACUCCGUAUUUCUACAUGAACUAUAUGUUUCUAACCCAGACUUGUCCCAAGGAGUCAGUUGUUUCAGGUGUCCUUUCCCAGCUGCAGCUGAGUGGGUGCCCAUGGGCACCUCCUUGCUGGCAGGGAGGUGGGCAGGUACCCCCCACCACACACACACCACCCUUGUCCUUCCUACAUCCCGCUGUGUUCCCAUUCUGCAGGGUGAGCCUGGACCCCUGGCACCCAGGGAAAAGGUUUCUACACCUUGCAUGGGUUGACUGUGGCCACUCCCCUGAGUGUCAGGGUGUACCAGGCUGGUCCCAUGAGCCAGUCCUGUCUUGUCCUCCACUUCUGUCCCCCAGCCAUCCCUCACCGAGUGGUCCCUGGGCCCUGUGCCCAGGAGAAGGGACCGAUUCUCCGGAUCAAGCCAGAAUCAGCUUGUCACGUCUGCUGGGUGUGUGAGGGCAAAAUGCAACCCCAUGAUCAGAAAUGUUGGGAGAAAAAUAAUUUUUUGUGUGUAAGUGAGCAUAUUCCUUUCUUACAAAAAAUAAAUCAUUACCAAAUCUUGUUUGUUCAAUAAAACCUCUGAAGGUUCUGAGCAUCACUGA